GGAAGCAUGGCAGAGAGGAUGACAAGAGCCUCGGCUGCCAAGCUGGUGAAAAACGCUUUUUUGGAGGCUCUGCAAUCAAACGACUACAGAACCCUGGAGGCGUUUUUGAUACAAAAGCAAAUAGACGUGGAUACGGUGUUUGAAGUGGAAGAUGAGAACCUGUUCUUGGCAUCUUACAAACAAGGGUAUUGGAUGCCUAGUUAUAAACUGCAGCAUUCUUGGGCAACAGCGCUACAUAUAUCUGUCCUGCAUGGUCAUCUGGAGAGCCUGAAGGUCCUGUUGAAGUACAAAGCAACUGUCAACUGCAGACCCAAUGGGAAAGCAGCCAUCCAUAUAGCAUGCGAACGAGCCAACCUGGAUUGUGUCACCAUACUCUGCAGCCAUGGGGCAAAGCCUAACUGUUACUCCCUCAGUGGGCUUGCACCUUUGCACUUCUGUUCUACAAAGCUGUCUAUACCUUGUGCCCAACAGUUGAUCUGGAGAGGUGCAGACGUGAAUAUAAAAACAAACAACCAAGAUGAAGAAACUCCCCUCCACACAGUUACUCGUUUUGGUAUCCCCGAAAUGGUGGCAUUUUACAUAGAGCAGGGAGCUACAGUUGAUUCUGUUAAUGCCCACAGAGAAACACCAUUGGCUUAUGCAACCUACUGGGCCCAUAAUGUUAGGGAACAGACGUAUAGCACAGAUCACCACCUGAUCUGUAGGAUGCUGCUCGACUAUAAAGCUGAAGUUAAUUCGCGCGAUGAGGAUUUCAGAACGCCGCUCCAUAAGGCUGCCUGGAACUGUGAUCAUGUACUGAUAGACAUGCUGCUCGAUGCAGGAGCCGAACCCAACUUGAUGGAUGACAACGGGUGUGCUCCUUUGCAGUAUGUCCUCAAAGUCACGUCGGUGCGGGCAAGCUCCCAGCAUGAAAUCUGUUACCAGCUACUUCUCAAUUAUGGAGCUGCCAGGAUAUAUCCUCCACAAUUCCAUAAGGUUCUACAGAGCUGUCACUCUUAUCCCAAAGUAGUUGAGGUCAUUGUGAAUUCGUACGAAUAUAUUAAGUGCACAACAAAAUGGAGAGCAGCUAUACCUGAUGAUGUCUUUGAGUUGUACAGGAAUUUCUACGAGUCUCUUUUUGAGGUGUGUGGAAAUACGCCUAGAUCACUCAAGCAUUUAGCUAGAUGUGCUGUUCGCAGAACAAUGUUCAAUAGAUGCCACAAGGGGAUCCCCUCACUUCUCGUUCCAGUAAGUGUGAAGAAGUAUUUGCUUUUAGAACCAGAAGGAAUAAUAUACUAAUGUUUGUCAGAGACAUUUUCAGUAACCUAAUUUGUAAUGCUGAUACGCUCACAUGGAAGGAGUUAAAAUCAAGAUUUCAGUGACAAGGCCAGGGCAAAACUUUAUACAA